AUGGACGAACUCUUCAGAGCAGCCCCAGAGCCCGCCACCCCUCUGGGUCGGUAUCGGGUCCUUUCCUCAACAGCAGGAGUCCGCGUCUCUCCUCUCCAACUCGGCGCAAUGUCCAUCGGCGAUGCCUGGAGCCAAUUUAUGGGCAGCAUGAACAAAGAGCAAUCCUUUGCCCUGCUCGACGCCUUCGUCGCCGCCGGCGGUAACUUCAUCGACACAGCCAACAACUACCAGAACGAGCAAUCCGAGACUUGGCUCGGCGAAUGGAUGGCCGCACGCAACAACCGCGACCAGCUCGUACUGGCCACCAAGUUCACAACCGACUACCGCACCCACGCACUGGGGAAGGGCAAGGCUCCCAACGCCUGCGGGAACCACAAGCGUAGCAUGAUCCUCAGCGUCCGCGACUCCCUCCGCAAACUCCAGACCGACUUCAUCGAUGUCCUUUACCUCCACUGGUGGGACCACACCACCUCUAUCGAGGAAGUUAUGGACUCCCUCCACAUGCUAGUCGAGCAGGGGAAGGUCAUGUACCUCGGGAUCUCGGAUUCGCCCGCGUGGGUUGUUGCCGCGGCGAACACGUAUGCGCGUGCGCAUGGUAAAACACCUUUCUCGAUCUAUCAGGGGCGGUGGAACGUGAUGCGCCGCGACUUCGAGCGUGAUAUCCUGCCUAUGGCGCGGCAUUUUGGGAUGGCGCUUGCGCCGUGGGACGUGCUUGGUAGUGGGCAUUUCCAGACUGCUAAGCAGCUCGAGGAGCGGAGGAAGACGGGUGAGGGUCUGCGUAGUGUGAUGGGUGCUGAGCAGACGGAAGAGGAGAGGCAGAUCUCUGAAGCGUUGGCGACUGUUGCUGCUGAGCAUGGGAUUGAGUCAAUUACUGCUAUUGCGCUAGCUUAUGUGCUUUGCAAGGCGCCGAAUGUGUUCCCGCUUGUUGGAGGACGCAAGAUUGAGCACUUGCAUGAUAAUAUCCAGGCUUUGUCGAUUCGGCUGACGGACAAGCAGAUUGAGUUUUUGGAGGCGGCGACCACUUUGGAUAUUGGGUUCCCUGGUAACUUCAUUGGGGGUGAUCCGAGUACCAAUGGUGGCAAGGUGGCUAUGAUCAUGGGUACGGCUGGUCAUAUUGAUUUUGUACAGGCAUCUCGGGCUAUUGGGUAUGAGCCUACUAAGUAG